AUGGUCUUAUCCUCGGGGCUUCUGGUCGCGAUCGUUGUGGUCUUGGCACAGUAUGAUGAUCGUCCUCAACCGGCCUGGAGAUUAGUGUCGCUCAACUCGGUAAUCUCCUGGUUAAGCACGGUCUCGAAAGGGUGUAUCUUAUCCACUAUCAGCGAGGGAAUAGGACAGCUGAAGUGGGUGUGGUUUUCACGAAAGAGCCGACCCUUAGUUGAUCUGGGUGCCUUCGAUGGCGCCAGCCGGGGGAUAUACGGUUGUGCAGGCUUGCUUUGGAAACUACGAGCAAGACAUUUUGCAGUCCUAGGCAGUCUGGCCGUUAUCCUGGCCAUCGCCUUUGACCCUUUUGUCCAAAAUUUGAUCCAUUACUACCCCAAACCCAUUGUCGAUUCCUCAGGAACUGCAGUCGUGUCGAGCAACUCUAAAUACGAAGCUUUUGGUCCUCCAAUGGACACCGGGUUGUGGUAUCUUGAUCCGGAAAUGAAAGCUAAUAUCUACAACUCGCUAUUCAACAGUGACUCGUCGAAGCCAUGGUCCAUUCCGCGGUACACCUGUAGCUCGGGGAACUGUACCUGGGAUCCAAUUGCCACACUGGAAAUGCGGGCGAGUUGCACGGACAUAACAGAUCAACUGAAAACCAAAUGUGAUCAAGACGGAGACGACCCGAUACCUGGCUCACCUGAGCCGAUGUGCGCUGUUUACGUUGGAGGCCGCUCCAAUCUCUCUGCGGCUUUUCAGUUGAAUACAUUUCACGGUACGCCAGUCGUUAUAGGACCGCUGGACUCUGUGACCAACAAGACCAGUCUCAUACCUCGUAUCCAACUUAUUGCCCCGGUUGACCUGCCACAAGGUACCACUUGGAAAAACACGUUCUCAAAAGAGUUCAAGUGGCAGGCAAUAGAAUGCAGCAUUGAUCCUGUUGUACACAGCUUUCGCCCAUCAGUCUCUCGGGGCAUCUAUCACCAAGAAACCCUGGCCAUCUCGAAGAACGGGUCUUUUGAAGACUCCCUUCAUAGACCCUACUAUAUGCAUCCCCCGGGGGAACCGGAGAUGGGCAUUAAGCCCAACAAAGAUUUUGUGUUAACGACGACAUCUCUCAAAGCCAUACAAUACUUCUUUAAGGACUUCUUCGCCGGUCGAGCGCGGCUCGAUAAUUUCGGUUUCACGUUUAGUCCCGAUAACCCCGAAUAUAAAUACGCGACGGCCGAUUUGAUGCAGUUUAUCACGCUUUCGAACCUCACUGGUUGCCCCGGUGGAACUACCAAGAAGAUGCACUGUGCUAUGGAUAAUGUCGCUGAGGCAAUGUCAAAGGCCAUUCGGGAUACAGCGCCAUCUUCAAACCUCGCUACUACGACCGGCAAGGCAAUGUCGGAUAAGACUCACAUUUCCAUCCAUUGGCAGUGGAUCAUUCUUCCGGUAUUGGUGUGGCUAUUGGGCCUUGUCACAUUAUUAGGCACCAUUUGGAAGACUCGCGAAGCUAUGAUUCCUACUUGGAAGAAUGAGACGAUGCCACUCUUAUCUCUGUAUAGGGAUGGUCAGAACGAGAAGCCACUAGAUGAUCAAGUGUUAGAGACCGAGAGGGUCAUGUUAUACCAAAGUGAGGGCAAAAUGGUGCUGUCUGGGUAG